UAUAUCACAAAAUACAUCAAAGAGGAGCUGGAGAAAUGGGCCACAAUUGGAGUCCAUGGCCACCUGAAGGGGUCGCGACCUUGGGCCUGGGCCGAAGAGACCCUGGAGGAGCUGAUGGCAAAGAUCGUUGGUGCUAAACCUGAGGAAGUGGCUCUGAUGAAUGGACUGACAGUCAAUCUGCAUCUUCUGAUGCUUUCCUUCUACAAGCCGACUCCAAAACGCUAUAAGAUUCUUCUAGAAGACAUGGCCUUUCCAUCAGACCAUUACGCCAUUGAAUCUCAGAUCCGGCUGAGAGGACAGGACGUGACCGACAGCAUGCUGAUCAUUACACCCAGACAGGGUGACGACACCAUAAGGACGGAAGACAUCGUGUCGGUCAUCGAGCGGGAGGGCGACGCCAUCGCUCUGGUCAUGCUCAGCGGCGUUCAGUAUUACACCGGUCAGCUGUUCAACAUGGAGGCCAUUACCAGAGCAGGACACACCAAGGGGUGUUUGGUAGGAUUUGAUUGCGCACACGCCGUAGGAAACGCAGAACUGCAACUUCACGACUGGAAUGUGGAUUUUGCGUGCUGGUGCUCUUAUAAGUAUGUGAACUCAGGGGCCGGUGGUCUGGCUGGAGCUUAUAUACAUGAGAAACACGCUCACAGCGUCAAACCCACUCUGAUGGGCUGGUGGGGACACAACCUGAAGACCAGAUUCCUCAUGAACAACGAAAUGGAGCUUCAGCCUGGUGUUAAUGGAUUCCGUCUGUCCAAUCAGCCUGUUUUACUGGUGUGUCCACUACAAGCCAGUCUAGAGGUCAGACAUCACACAGCACACUCAUAAAAACAUACUGACAACCAUCAUACAACAUUGUACAACAUACUGACAACAGUUUAUUUACAACCA